CCGGCCCGGAGGAGGCAGCGGGGCGCGGGGGCCCUGCAGCCAGAGGCCCUCCGGGUGAGGUCCCGGGGCGGGGCGGGCCGGCCGCCCAGUUCCUGGUUCUAAAAGCGCUGCCGGAGGCUGGUGGCGCCAGAGGCGCGGGGCCCGCGGGCGGCGAAGGAUGGGCCCGCGCCGUGCAGCGAGCCUGCCCCGAGGCCCCGGCCCGCGGCCGCUGCUCCCCGCCGUCCUGCUGCUGCUGCUGCUGCCGCUGCCGCCGGGCUCGGGCGCCGGGGCCGGCCGGCCGCCCCACCUGGUCUUCGUGCUGGCGGACGACCUGGGCUGGCACGACGUGGGCUUCCACGGCUCGAGCGUGCGCACGCCGCACCUGGACGCGCUGGCGGCCGGCGGGGUGCGCCUGGACAACUACUACACGCAGCCGCUGUGCACGCCGUCGCGGAGCCAGCUGCUCACCGGCCGCUACCAGAUCCACACGGGUUUACAGCACCAAAUAAUCUGGGCCUGUCAGCCCAGCUGCGUUCCUCCGGAUGAAAAACUCCUGCCCCAGCUCCUAAAAGAAGCAGGCUACACUACCCACAUGGUCGGAAAGUGGCACCUGGGAAUGUACCGGAAAGAAUGCCUUCCAACCCGCCGAGGAUUUGAUACCUACUUUGGAUAUCUCCUAGGUAGUGAAGAUUACUAUUCCCAUGAACGCUGUGUAUUUAUCAACGCUUUGAAUGUCACACGAUGUGCUCUUGAUUUUCGAGAUGGUGAGGAAGUUGCAACAGGAUAUGAAAAUAUGUAUUCAACAAACAUAUUUACUGAAAGGGCUACAGCCCUCAUAACUAACCAUCCACCAGAGAAGCCUCUGUUUCUCUACCUUGCCCUCCAGUCGGUCCAUGAGCCCCUUCAGGUCCCCGAGGAGUACCUAAAGCCAUAUGACUUUAUCCAAGAUAAGAACAGGCGUCACUAUGCAGGAAUGGUUUCCCUUAUGGAUGAAGCUGUGGGAAAUGUCACUGCAGCCUUAAAAAGCCGUGGGCUCUGGAACAACACGGUGUUCAUCUUCUCUACAGAUAACGGCGGGCAGACUUUGGCCGGGGGCAAUAACUGGCCCCUUCGAGGAAGAAAGUGGAGCCUGUGGGAAGGAGGCGUGCGAGGGGUGGGCUUCGUGGCCAGCCCCUUGCUGAAACAGAAGGGCGUGAAGAACCGGGAGCUCAUCCACAUUUCCGACUGGCUGCCAACUCUGGUGAAGCUGGCCGGGGGCAGCACGAAUGGUACCAAACCUCUGGACGGCUUCGACGUGUGGAAAACCAUCAGUGAAGGAAGCCCGUCCCCCAGAAUUGAGCUGCUACAUAACAUCGACCCAGGCUUUGUGGACAUUUCUCCGUGUCCUGGGAACAGCACGGCUCCAGCAAAGGGUGACUCUUCUCUUCCAGAAUAUUCAGCCUUCAACACAUCUGUCCAUGCUGCAAUUAGACACAAAAGCUGGAAACUCCUCACGGGCUACCCAGGCUGUGGUCACUGGUUCCCUCCACCAUCACAAUACAAUGUUUCUGAGAUACCCUCAUCAGACCCACCAAGCAAGACCCUCUGGCUCUUUGAUAUUGAUCGGGACCCAGAAGAAAGACAUGACCUGUCCAGGGAGUAUCCCCAUGUGGUCAAGCAGCUCCUUUCCCGGCUACAGUUCUACCACAAACACUCAGUGCCCGUGUUCUACCCAGAUCAGGACCCCCGCUGUGACCCCAAGGGCACUGGGGCUUGGGGCCCUUGGAUGUAGGAUCUGGAGCAGCCUUGGGUGGGUCGCUAGAAAGCCUUUCUGUUGCAAGUUGGACUUCAGACUCUACUCGUGUGACUCAUUUGUUCUCCCAAUGGCUUCACCUGGUCCUUCUUUUGCCCCUAAACCACAUUAACGUGGUUGUCUCAUUUCAACCCCUUGUGCAUUUAAGAAGACGAUAAAAUCUGGAACCCUCCCGCUGUGGGCUGGGGUGUGUGUGUCUAGAGGAGAGGGUGAUUGGGUUCAUCCUCUUUUUCUGGAGCCGUGGGUCAGCUGGGAACUUGAUUUGAAAUAGGAAGUUAGUGAGUCCUGGAGGCCAGAGCAGCUGGCUCCUUUUGCCUCACAAGUCAGAUGUUAGGUUUCCCUCUGCCAAUAGCCAGCUUUUAUUGGCGUGACUCACAUUUCUUGUAACAAAUGAAGGGAGCAGACAAUUGUUAAUGGCUCUGUUGGCCAGGGGGUCUCCCUGUCUGGGAGAGAUCAUGUUCAGACGUUCCAUGUGAAUACGCGCCUUGGUCACCCUCGCUCACACACCUCAUCACUCAGCCCGUCCUGGAGCAUAAGGCCCAUUUCACUGGUAAGGUCAGUAUGGCAACAUGCCUACUCCUUGGUUCUGCUUUUUACAAUAAAGAACUGUGUUUUUAGCCCCA